AUGUUUGGGGAUCCCCUUCUUAGCAGUCUGGAACCGGGCGCGACGCUCGAUCUGGUGGCAUACAUCACUCAGGCUGAUUUGCACGGGGCGAGCUUACAAACUCUUUGGCAUUCGGAAAGUUGCCGCUGCAAGGGUACGUUUUCUGCGGGAGGGGUUGUGACUCUCUAUGGCGUUCAGUACUUGGGCACCUACGGAAACUCUCAUCAUCUGAUGCAGUUGCCGGGGACGGUGGUGGUGCAACGCCCACCUUUGGACGCCAGGUCCUAUCUUUCCUUUAAGGAAGUCUUUGCAGGCAUCGGCGGAAUGACUCAGGGGGUUGUGUUGCUGGGUGGCCACAGCACAGCCGUGAUGGACAGCAGUCCGCUGGCAUGCGAUGCCCUCAGAGCACAGGGUACCACGGUCAUCACCGGUGACAUAUCUGACUCAGCCGCACGCCAAAGCUUGCACAUGAUCGAAGCGGAGACAAGAAGCCUCCUUGGAGCCAGCCUUCCGGGUCCUGGGCCCUUUCGGGGUUUGUGUUCAGGGUCAGUUGAGGGUUGCACCCAUCUGCAGUCAGUGCUGUGCUUGGCAUGGCAUGCACAGGCAAGCGGUCUUGUCUUGGAAGGUGAUCCUGUUGUCAUGCAGAGCCCGGAGUGCACGAAGCUGCUUCGCGAAUUCUCAGUUAAGGCAGGUUAUCACCAGACCGAGGUGAUUCUUGACCUCGCCCAGCAGUGGCCCAUGCAUCAGGUCCGUUACUGGGCGGUGCUGCUCCCUGCGCACUUGCCUCAACUACACCUCACUGCCUGGUCCGAAGCAGAGAAACUCCGGAUCAUUCGUGAUGUCAUACCGGAGUGGCCAAUCUGGCCUCAUGCUAUUGAGCAGGCGCUACAAUGGACGGACACCGAGAAAGCAGCAUUCGCGAGCCCCUCGUUUGGCCCCACCGACAGAACUUUGGAUCAGAAUAAGCCAGCCCCACCGGCCCACCAUUCUUGGGGCAAUGCCUUUCGACCCUGUCCCUGUGGUUGCCGCAGUGAGCCUUUCACUACCGAAGCCCUUCUGAAAACCGGACUUCGGGGACAAGGGGUGCCAUCGGCUCUCACACAGGAAAUGCGAUUCCCACAUGCCGAGGAAAUCGGUCUGCUGGCUGGACUUCUUCCCGGCCACCCGCUGCCAGGUGAACCGCGGGCUGCACUUUGCUUGGCCUGCCAGAUCACGUCGCCGAUGCAGGCACUCUGGGUUUUUGCGCACCUUAAGAAUUGGGCGUCAGCGGUGCAUGGUGGCCCUUCCUGCCGCCCACAGCAAGUGUUGCAUGAAUACCAGAGCAGGCUCCUUAAUGCACGACAGGACCAGUGGAUCACGCCCUCCAUUUUAGCAGGAGGCAGCAUCAUGUUGGAAUGUCCGGGCGGCCAUGUUGCAGUCCCUGUGAAUGGGCCCACGAAGGUAGGAGAUCUUCUCCGAGCCUACAAGGCUGAUCUUGAGCCUGGACUCAGUCUUAAGCUGCUGCAUGAGGGGCGUGCUCUUUCGCCUUCAGCGUUUUUGCACCCAGCGCCGCAGGGACCAAAGUACAGCCUGGUGAUUUCUGCCAAGCGUGCGCGGCGAGAGGUUUUGCCAGAGCCUCCUGCCCAAGCCAGCCAGCUUCCUGCCGCUGAUGCAUCCAGUCUGUGCCGCACGCCCUCUGCCAUCCGGACAGGUCAACUUGAUUGGUCUCCGGCUCCUGCGCUGCCAGAACCCUGCCCUGAACUUGAGCCCACUCGAGAGCAGCCAUUGCAAUUGCCAGGCCCCGCGUGCACUGCCCCAGCCAGCAAUGCCACUCCCCGUGGAAGCUUCACUGCUUCAGUGGCCCCCCUGACCCAGCCGACAGUGCCUGGACCUAGCGCACAGGUGCCGCUUGCGCAGCACUUUGCACAGUUUGGAACCUCAGGCUGCACUGAUGUUGCUAUCUGGUGCGGUCUUUGGGAACUAGUUAGAUCCAUCCCCGGAGCCUCGGCACUCAUACUUCCCCCAAAGAUUGCUGGAGCCCUUCUUGAAUUAGGUGCAGCUGACCAGCUUCGUCUCAAGCACCAUCCUGCCCUGGCCCUUCCGGAGGGCAUGCUGGUCUUUGUACCAUUUGUGCAUCAGGAACAUUGGACGCUGCUUGUGCUCAGCAUCUCAAAUGGCAGUGCCCUUGCUGAAGUCUUUGACGGGGUGCCCGGCCGCAACCUUGUCCAGGCUAAGCAACUGUCAACGCUCCUUUGUGAAUUGGCCGGUCGCACGCUGGAGACCGUGACUGAAUGCUGCACCUGGCCCCAGCGCACUCAGAAUGACUGUGGGGCCAUCCUACUAGCGCAUGCUGCAGGAAAACUUUCCGGAACCAAUGACCCGGCACAACUGCAGGAAGCCCAAGCCUUCAUUGCCACCUUUCCACCUUUGCCGCACUGCUUGUUGGGCAGGGGCGGGCUGUCGUCUGAACAAGAACAGGCCCUACAGAAGCUGCUUGUGUCCAAAGGGGUGCCCUCAGCCAACGUGGCCGCCAGACUUCAGCAGGCUGUUUCAAAGUUGGGUCCGGGCCCCAUAGCCGAGGCACUUCACAGCAGGAACCCGUGGCAGGCCCUCAAAUCUGCUGGAUCCCGCCCUGGCACUCUCUUCAAGUGGGUGCAACCGGACGAGCUAGAGAUGCACAUCGAACAGCGGGCUCAGGAGCGCUUCGGCACCGAGGUGGUCUUUGUCUCCCAAGGCUUUCGGGUGAUAUGUGGCGACUUCAACCACGACCUCAGCAGCCUCCAGCAGUGUGCGAUCUGGCUACAGGGGUGGAUUGAGGCUCAGGUGUCUGUCAUUGAAGCGUUUCAGGUCAGUCAGGAAGCGUGGCAUCAGCACGGGGACCAUCAGCCCAUCCCGCCGUGCUCCUCUGACCUCUGGUAUGCUCGUUUUGCAAAGGCGGUGGAACAGUCGCCGCACCAAACCGCAGACCUCUCGAGACCCAGCUCCUCCUCUGCGCCCAAGCAGGCAGCCAACCCAGCCGCAUCUGCUUUGGCAUACCGCCUCUCCCUUUGGCAAUCCAUCAAGACUGCGCGUGGAUUUCGCAAUGGCUUUCCUGCGUGGUGGUCCAGGCGACUGGUGCAACUUGUGGGCAGCCCAGCUUCAUUGCCUUUGUCGGUGCCUGCGGCCCCUUUGGCCAAAUUGCUGUAUGAAGACUUUCGCUGCAACUUCCGUCUUGAAGAUUGGCACCUCCGCCGGCGCAUGCAGAUUUUGGAUGCCAAAUAUGAUAAGUCUCUGUCCCAGAUCUAUAAGGAUCUGCGAGAGCCUGCCCCGGAGCAGGUGGACUCCCUUCAGGUGCGUCGUGACUAUGCCAUUUUGGCUGUCGCACCUUCUUGCGAUCAAGUGCACUUAGAUUCCCCAUUGGAUCGCCGGGGCUUCUCUACUUGGGCUGUCGACGGUGAUCCUGUGCGGAUCAGCUCUUGUGACGGUGACCUGUGCACUUUGACCGCUCCUGCAAGCCCAACCAGCAGCGUACUGGAGCAGGUACAGACGCUCUCAUCAGUUGCUGAUCUCUUUUCCGAAUUUAAGUCCCUUUGGGCACCCCGCUGGCAAUUGCACUCCACAACCACGUCCUAUGACUGGGACCGUUUUCUUCGCUUUGCAUCCGCUGUCCUGCCCUGCCACCGCCUUGUCUUGCCCGAGAUCACUGUGGAGGUGUGGACCCGUGCUGUCCGCCGCUUCAAGACCCGUGCUGCCCGUGGUCCUGAUGGCUGGGCCCGCCUAGACCUUUUGAACAUGCCUCCGCAACGCACGCAGGAGCUUCUUCACUUCCUGGCAGCAGUUGAGGCCUAG